AUGAGUGAACCAGCUAGGGAUGAACUAUAUUUCCCAGAGUCAGACAGAGGGUUCUUAGAGCCCCAUCUACCACCCCAGGAUGGCUCUGGACCCAGUCUUGAUCUCCCCUUCACAACACUCACAUUCGCUACUUCACUUGACUCUUCUUUGGCUUUAUCGCCUGGCGCACGCACAGUGAUCUCGGGGCCGCAGUCUAAGGCGAUGACUCAUUACCUACGUUCUCGUCACGAUGGCAUUCUCGUCGGCGUUGGUACAGCAGCAGCGGAUGAUCCGGGUCUCAAUUGUCGCAUCGCAGGAGUCGGGGGGUAUGGAAAACCCGGCUUAGACGGCCAGCCCAGACCAGUGAUCAUUGAUCCGACAGCCCGCUGGGAAUUCUCGGAAGAUAGCAAGUUGUUCCAACUUUGCAGAGAGGGACGUGGCCGCGCCCCCUGGAUCAUCAUCGCAACUGAGAAUGUAGACCCGGAAAGACAGGCACUGUUGGAAAAGUACGGCGGGAAAUUCAUCACAGUCAAUAUGCUCAGAACGCAUACUGGUGGACAUCGGGUUGACUGGCAAGACUUGCUCGUCAUUCUGAAAUCGAAGGGUCUCAAGAGCAUCAUGAUAGAGGGAGGUGGCCAGGUCAUCAAGUCUCUGCUAAGCCCAGCAUACAUGUCGUUGUUGAAUAGUGUCAUUGUGACAAUUGCUCCAACGUGGCUAGGCGAAGGUGGUGUGGUCGUUACACCUGACAGGCGGUUCGAUGACGGUGGAAAUGCCAUCUCUGCAGCGAGGUUAAAGAAUGUCAAAUGGUAUCCAUUCGGGGAAGACGUCGUUCUUUGCGGGCAGAUAAAGCUUUCUGAAUGA